UUUGGUCGCGAAUUUCAGUGAGCGAGCGCGCGUAAUUACGUUCGCUAUAUUUUAAAAUGUAAACAAACAAUUGUUUAUUACUUUUAGUGAGUGAAAUAUAUGUUUUUUGUAGCGAAAAUGUACCAAAACAUUGUACUUGUGUUGUGUUUUUUAGUGUUUCUGUGCAUAUUUAGUGUUUUAUCUGUUACUGUGAGUGAGCAUCGACAUACACACUGCACACAUGAACAUCCUAAGGCUGACGACGUAGUAAGGGGCGUUCACAUAGAACCAGCUCACAUAGUCAAGAAAAGAAGCAUAGAUCAACCAUUACGAAUAAGUAUAUUUUACGACCACUCUGUAUAUAGGUUAGAGCCGGAGAAGUUUGAUAUGAUUAAUAACACAAUACUACCUGAAGCUGUGAAGUUUUGGGAGCAAGCACUGAGAGUCAGAAAAACUGGAGGACCUAUCAAAUUAAAUAGAAAAUGUCCAACGCGUCAAGUGUUCGUCCGAGACGGGAGAACGCAUUGCAUAGAUCAGUGUAAUGCUGAGACUAUGUGCGGCGAGGUGAAGGUCCCGGAGGAGCAUCUCAAUCUCUGUUACGUUUGUAACAGUACCGGGCAUAACUGCAGAGCGUUGCCUCGAAAUAUCCGAAUAGAAGAAGAGAUACCGACAGAACUGGAUGGCAACUCUAUCAAUGAGGGAACAGAAGUACCUCCAGUGACGGACCCUACUGCUGCAGUAGACUAUCCAGGAGUGAAUGAUACAGACUUCGUGCUUUACGUCAGUGCUGUGGAGACGGAGCGGUGUCGCCGCGGACAGACGGUGGCCUACGCCUCUCACUGCCAGCAGGAAUCAGCGUUAGACAGGCCAGUGGCAGGACACGCCAACUUCUGUCCAGGCGAACUGUCCACUAACAACAGGGACCUACCCUCCGUGCUGUCCACUGUCAAACAUGAGAUGCUUCACGCGCUGGGCUUCAGUGUGUCACUGUUCGCAUUUUACAGAGACGAAAAUGGAGAGCCAUUGACUGAACGAAGACCUGAUACAGGAAAUCCACCGAUGGACGAAGAACUACAGAUCCACAAAUGGUCUGAUCGUGUGGUGAAGAAUAUUACACGGAAGAACUGGAUGAUCCGAGGAGGGUACAUGGAGAGGACGUUCCACAUGGUCGUCACUCCCAGGGUCGUGAAAGAGGUGCGAGAUCACUUCAACUGCUCAGAAUUGGAGGGCGCUGAGUUAGAAGACCAGGGCGGCGACGGUACAGCGCUCACUCACUGGGAGAAGAGGAUAUUUGAGAACGAAGCGAUGACCGGAACCCACACGCAGAACUCUGUGUUCAGCAGAAUAACCUUUGCUCUGAUGGAAGACACGGGGUGGUACAGGGCCAACUAUGACCACGCCACCCCCCUAGACUGGGGGAAGGGGCUCGGCUGCAAAUUCUCCAUGGUGUCUUGCAAACAAUGGCUGAACUCGCAAAGGUUCAGGAGGAAGAACCCUGCCCCCUUCUGUGAGAGGAUCAAAGGCAACCCCCUCCGAACGGAGUGCUCGCCGCGACGUAACGCCGUGGUCCUCUGUAACCUCGUGCGACACGACACUAUACUGCCUAGAGCCUAUCAGCAUUUCGACACGCUGCCGAACGUGGCGCCCGGCGAGGAGGCCCACUACGGAGGCUCCGUCUCCCUCGCAGACUACUGCCCGUACCUCCAGGAGUUCACGUGGAGACACAAGAGCGUGCUCGUCAGAGGCAGCCGCUGUUCCUAUGAGGAGAAUACGCCUAAAAGUGACGUGAAUUUCGCCCUAGAGAAUUAUGGGGCUCACUCCAAAUGUUUCGACCACAGCGACAGAGUUUGGGAGCAGAAAUCUUGUAGACAGAUCAGAGAAUGGCAACAUUGGGGUUCGGGUUGCUACAAAUAUAAAUGUGAAAGUGGUCGACUGCAUAUUGUAGUCGGUAACUACACAUACACAUGUUACCACGCGAGCCAAGUGCUUCAGAUACGAAUUAUCAAGAAGGGCUGGCUACAUAAAGGGGGGGUGGUCUGCCCCCCUUGCAGAGAACUGUGUAAAGAGGAAUUUGCGGCGCGAGGCGAGUAUUGCAAGGGUGGGGAGGAGCCUUUACCCCCAAAUCUAUAUCGGAAUGACAUUUUGACAUGUUCAGCUGUCAAUCUGACAUCCCCCGCCGUUCUGUUAACCGCCAUUUUGAUUUUAAUGUUUAGUUUACAAGAAUAAUUGUAUAUUUUAUUAUUUUAAGUAUAUUUUAUUUAUUUUGUAGACUUUAUUUAAGCAAUCGACUGUUCGCAUAAGAUUUAUGUAUUUUUGUAAUUGUUUUUUUUUUUUAUAUUUUGUUUUUGUUUAGCUUAGGUUAUGUUUGAUCGAUUUCUUGUUGUGUUUAAGUCAUUGACAUUGAAUUAGUUUUGUAUAUUUCCAAUAGUAUCUAAUAAUAAAUCAUUGUGAUACAAAAAUCAAUUAUUGGAAAAUAUAAUUAAAUAAUUUAAAAAGGACAAUUUUCAGCGCCAUCUUAUAUUGUAUUUGAGUUAGCUACUUAUUCUAAAGUAAAUCCAUUUUUUUCCUACAAAAAAUCGAUCAAAAAUUACCUACAAACGUACUGUAUAUGAAAUUACUUAAAAAUACAUUAAGUAUAUGCUACUUAAACGACAUUAAAUGCAAAUAUUUUUUUACGAAAAAUCAAAUUUCCUAGCACAUGAAAGUACCCAAAACUGUUAAUAGAUUUUCAACCUUAACUCUUUUAGCAUACAGUCGAAAAUCGAUUGAACAGUUAAGGGUAUUUUGAUGAGCGGCCGUUGUCAUGGAAACAGUUACUGUCACAUUUUGAGGUUAUGUUGUUAAAAAAAUACUUUAAUUUGUAUAUUUUUUAUGUAAAAACAGUUUCAUAACCUAUCUAUCUGUAGAUUUAGUUACUAAAGAUGAAAUUUUGACACAUUUUCUAUGUAAAUAUAUUAAAUAUCUAUCUUAUUUCAUAAGCCAGGUUUAUAAACAAAUCACAAAAGUGACUUGAGGUAAGUGUCCACAGGCCCGCAUCGUACGCAUUCCGUAUGACGUCAUCAGUACGCAUCGCAUGUAGGCAUUACCGAUGAUGCGGUCCGUACGAUGCGGAUCAGUGGACACAGUUGUAUGAGUUUCUAUACAAGACAAACUAAAAUCCGUUGCGUGCGAUGCGGGCCUGUGGACGCGUACCUU